AUGUCAUCAUCAUCAUCAUCACCGACUCCCAUUCUCUGCGCUUCUUUCAACCAAGACAAUAGUUGCUUUGCAAUUGGAACCAAAGAUGGUUUCAGAAUAUUUGAUACCAAUACAGGAAAACUCUGUUAUGAAAGAGCUGUUGGUGCCUUCUCUAUUGUUGAGAUGCUCUUUACUUCAAGUCUUCUUGCAAUUGUUGGUGCUGGUGAUCAGCCAUCUUUGUCGCCCCGCCGUCUAUGUUUAUUCAAUACUACUACUGGAGCUCCUCUUAGAGAAUUGAACUUUCUUACUUCAAUAUUAGCUAUUCGCAUGAAUCGAAAAAGACUCAUUAUCAUUUUACAAGACAAAGCAUAUGUGUAUGACAUAAAUAGCCUUUUAAUCCUGGACACUUUCGGCACGGUGCCAAAUAGUAAAGGACUUUGUGCGUUUUCCCCUUGUUUGGAUGCUUGCUACAUGGCUCUUCCCGCUAGCACCACAAAAGGAUCUGCAUUGUUGUACAAUGCUAUGGAUUGUAAUUUACACUGCGAGAUUGACGCUCAUCGCUCACCUCUUGCUGCAAUGGUCUUUUCUUCUAACGGAAUGUAUAUAGCUACUGCAUCUGAGCAAGGAACCUUAGUCAGAGUUCAUUUGGUGUCAGAUGCAACAAAGUCAUUUAGUUUCCGAAGGGGUUCAUAUUCAUCUACUAUAUUUUCUCUUUCAUUUGGGCCAUCCAAGCUGCUUCCCGAUAUUCUAGCAGCCACUAGUUCCUCUGGUUCUAUUCAUCUUUUCACUCUCGGAUUUGUUUCAUAUCCAAGGAGCAAGAGGUCAAGUGGUUUUCUUGGAUCAAUAAUUCCCGAUGCUGUGAACGAUGUGCUAGAUCCUGCUUGUCAUCACGUUCUUCAUAAUGCCGUUCCUGCAGGAGUCAAAAGCUCUGCAGUCAUUUGCAAGGUUGAGAAUGUUACAGACACCUCAUCAUCUGAACUUUUAGCUUGUAGGGCGAGCAUGUGUGUGAUAAGUUAUAAUGGUCACUUUCAAGAAUAUAACUUAAGCAUUGAUGCUCAGAAAAUGUCUUGGUCUUUAGAGCGCGAAACCAAUCUUUUGACUGUGACCAUGGAUAAAGUUCUAUGA